AUGGGUGUGAGCCAAGGGAUAUGGGGAGAAGGCACGGAGGAGUGGAACCGGACUGUGACCCCACCCCAUCCUCAAAGGAAACAGAGGGUUGGAAACCAAGGGCACAUUCAAAUGGUGACAUACCAAGAGAAGCAGAAAAGAAUACUACACUGCUCUGUGUUUGGUUGGUACAGCUGGAAUUUCAGUUUGAAGUUUAAAGUGGCAAACCACCGCCAGAAGCUGCGCCAAGCUGGAUGCCCUCAACUCAACUUGAACAAGCGACCUAGUGAAACGACAAAUGCCAGAAAAAUAAAAAAGGCUAAAAAGUCAGAGGUUAACUUCAUGCCAUGCUAUCCAGAAGGAAAACAAGAGAAUGACUUGGAAAGGGAAGUGUUAAUCCGCGAGACAAAGAAGAAAAGCAUUGACUGGAAGAUAGUUGAUGAAUUGAUGGAGAACACAUAUUCACUUCGGAGAAAAGAGAUCGUCCAGGAUGAACCCCUUGUCGCGGAUGUCCAGAAAAGGUGGCCGGCCCUUUUCUUUGUGCGUCAGCUCGAAUAUGAGUUUGCUCGACUUACAGCUGUUAAUCUCAGAGAAACACUCAUCACUGGAAUUGACAAAUACCUGGACCGCUUCUUGGAGCUCUUCAGAGCAAAGCGUGCCAUCCCGGGUCUGUCGAGUCUCCUCAGACAGCUUGAGAACUCUGACAACUCCACACACUUCAAGAGGGCCAUCCUGCUGCUUGGACUGCCACACUUCCUCAGGGAUGACUGUUCUUCUUAA